CAUUUCAUUAUGUCAAAACAAAAUACACUUCAAGUCAAGCAUACUGCUUUUAACGACGUAUUUGAUAAUUACUAAUUAUAACUUGAUUGUUUAAUAUCGAGGAUUUUACUCGUGUAACUUUGAUUGUGAUCAAAGAUUAUUUAAAGCGAGUAGUGCUUGCCUUUUUGGUGAAAAUAGUGUUUUUUUGUCUAGGUUAGGAUGGCGGCAGAAAAAUCAGGGUUGUUGCAAGUCGGCACUAUUGAAACACAGCUGGAAUCAGAAUACUUACACAAUGGCAACGGGCAUGCUGAGCUAGCCGAAGAAGCCAUGGUACAACUGUCACCCGUACAAAUACAACAGGAAUAUUAUGAAAAUCUAGGUGAUUGUGACUGGGUUAAGUAUGAGAAAAGCAACAGAAACUAUUUGUUACAAAAUGUCGCUUUUGCACUGUUUGGCAGUCCUAGUUGUGAAGGGGAGUUGACCGAAGUCAUUGGCGACCAACAUGCACACCUUGAAGGAUACACUUCACGACAGAAGGAGCAAGUCAUGAAAGUAUAUGAAAAGUUAUGUGAACAAAGUAAAUAUUCCCACAAUGAUGAUGAUAUAGUCAUGUCUGUGCUUCUUGUGGUGUGCGCCAGACCGAAGCCAGUGAAGUUUUAUAAGCUGCAGCCAUCAGACUAUUGGUUAGACCUUCACGAGAAGACGGACAGCGAUAUAUGGUGCACGGCCAUAUUCAGAGUGAGGAAGUGUAUACCUACUACUGUUGGUAUGAAAUCAUGCCGCGUGUACAUAGAUGAAAAUGCGAGGGUAUACCAAGACUGGGAUUCGUAUAUAACAAAUAAUACUUUACCAAAGUGUGUAAUUGUAGUGCCUGAAAAUGGAGAGUACACUGGAACUCUUAUAGAGGGAGAAGAAGCAUUCGCUGUAAAACUUACAGUAGCGCCAUCACCAACACUGGGUAUAAAGGCAAGAGUGCUCAGUUCCGUAGACACAGCUACGACCGUAGCUUCAAUAGGAGCCAUUGGUGUGAUCGGUGUAGCAGCUUUCACUCCCGUAGCGCCCGUAGUACUGGCAGGAGCCGCGGCUGCAACCGUAGCUACCGGUUUAUAUGGCUUAGUACGAUCUUCAUUACACCUACAUGAUCGAAGCGUCCAUGAACAAAGUAUAAGUCCGACGGAUGCAGAAGCUCGCGGCAGUUGGCUGAACAUAGCUGCAUCCAGUGUGGGGCUGGCCGCCGGCGCCGCCAGUUCACUCCUAUCGCGUUCCGCUGCCGCUGGUACUAACAUGACUAAAACGGGACAAGCUUUAGCUGUGUCAGUGGAAGUACUACGUCAUGCGAAUAUGGUGACUGGCGGAGCAGGUGUCGUCAACAGUCUACUGCAUAUAAUAUUAAAGUACCGCAAACACGGAGAGAAACCAUCGACAUUGGAACUGUUCCAAUUCGCUUCAGCCACGCUAUUCUUCUGUCACGCCGUGGUUUCCAACCGAACGGCUCAGAGUAUUAUUGAAGAUGCCCAGGCCAGAACUAUCAAUGAAUAUCGGUCUACGCUUAGAAGCAAUAGACACAGGAAAAUGUUCGACAAAAUCAGUGCUGAAUCAAGGAGAGUACAAGGUGCAAUACAAGGUAACACUGAAGUCAUCAGAGGCAUUCAAAACAUUAUGGAUAAGGAUCAGUACUUCGCUGAUGUGCUAAGAAUAAACAAAGACGUUAAUCAGCACAAACUAAGAAUAUCCAUGACAUCUGAUGGACAGGUGAACUUGAAUGCCCAACAUAAGUUUAACCCCUCAGAGUUGUAUAACCUAGGGAAGGAUGGUCGUGCACAGCUGUUUGAGAAUCUUGGUCCAGCUACACUAACUGCUAAUAAUGUACCAACGCGUAUCGUACCUACAACGACGGCUGUCAGCAGUCUUGGUGAGGUUGAAGAGGAUGCUACUCUAGUUGGCAUACAUCCUGGUGAAAUAUUGAGGAUCGGUUCUCUACUGGUUAGAGUAAGUGCAUCGGGGGCUGAAAACGUGGCGCUUAUGCUUGAAAAUCUGAGCCAAGAUGUAUACGCGAAUUUAAUGACAGUGUCCUUCAAUGUACUGUCACAACUGAUCCCCGAAGAUAUCGCGAGACUUAGGCUACUAAGCCCAGAUGAAGAUUUAAUAGUACAAAUUGUUAAGUUUGUUUUUAAUUAUAUGAAACAUAAGAGGCCGCUCGGUGAUGCUAGUCGUGAUAAUGACAAUGGAAUCGUUAUUAUACUAAAAGAAUUCUUUCAAGAAGGCGUAGUGCGUCAAGAUACAAUUUUAUAUUUGAAGAAUCGUUUACUCGGCUGGGUCGAUGAAGAAAUGGAUCGUAGAAGUCUGGAAUACCCGAACAAAAAGUCAAUUGUAUGUGAAACAUGUAGAGGUAUCAGGUAUGCUUAAGAAUGUAAAUAAUUUUAUAUGCUUUAAUGCUAUUUAUUCAAGAUCAGGAUUGCUAGUUAAAAGCAUAGGGUUAUUUAAGUGUCACGAAAGUUAAUUAACAAAAAAAAUCGUUCCUUAAAUACAGUAAAAAUAAUAUAUUUCUUCUAUCUACGUUACAUAUAUUCUGAACAUAAGCUUUUUGCUUGAGUGAUUGUUAAUUGUUAUUAUUCUAUAAUCCUAGUGCCUCGACCCUAUAAAAGAGGAUGAUGCUAGAUUUUGAUUUUAAUGUUCAUAUAUUUUACAUAAAAACCUGAAAAUUUGUAAAAGUUUAAUUUUUACUUACAUGUUAUAUUUUCAAAAAUAAGCCAAAAAUUUACAUUUCACUAUUUGAAUGCUUCCUUAUAGAAAUCUUCGGAAAUAAGUACAUUAUUACUAACAAAACAUAUCAGAUGAGUCCAAAGCUAUAUACAACAAGAGUAUUAUAUAAGCCUUUGUACUGCUAUAUAUUUUAAAUAAUUUUCAAGAGAUAUAAAUGAUAAUUAUAAAAAUGUGAUAGAUUGUGCACUGUGAUACACAAAAUGUAGGAUAUAAAAAUGAUUACAACGCACAAAUGUAGUGCCUUUUAAAUCACUCGUCUAAAUCUCAUUAAAAUACAAA